AUGGUCGACAGAGGUAAACAGACGUGGAGCCCAUGGGAGCAAAACUGCCCACAGGAGCAAAACCGCCCACAAAAAUGUUCGACUGCCUUCCGAGACUCGUCUCCAAUCACUAUAGAGGUAGUAAACUGUUUUGGGAGGUUUUAUACUGCCGCAUUCCGACUCUCCGGCCUCGAAAGGAGGGUGGUAGCUUAUUCUGUCACUCAAAUCCGAGAGAGAGAAAGAGAGAGAGAGAGGACAAUAGUUGGUGCGGUAGGGGACGAAGAGGUGGUAGACUUCGAGCCCGAUGAAGAUGAUCUCAUGGACAAGGAGGCCGGCGCUGCCGAGGCCGACCCCUCGCCUGCACCCAAGCUCCGAUCCACGAUCGCCGGAAACGCCUUGGGCCCGAGGAAGACCAAAGGCAGAGGCUUCCGCGAGUCGGAGCUAGGGAUUUCGAUUCCCUCGAGGCCGAUGGCGGUCCCGAUCCUCAACGCUAUUGAGGGGUGGAUUAUACUGGUCACCAGGGUCCAUGAAGAGGCACAGGAGGAUGAUCUGCACAACGCCUUUCAUCAAUUUGGUCAGGUCAAAAAAUUGCAUCUAAAUCUUGAUCGUGGCACUGAAUUUGUCAAGUGGCAUAUGGAGCUAUAGUGUGCAACAACGGACACAAUGGGGGUACUCUCUGGCUAUGAAGCACGAACAAGCUAUAUAUAUAUAUAUAUCCUCGUGAUUCUUGAGGGUAAGGAUUGUGAAUUGGUUGAUUCGUUGAAGUCUAAUAAUAGAUGUCUUGAUGCUCCAAACAGAAGUUGACACUGAUUAACAAUAC